AUGUCAGAAAGCUGGCAGCAGCAGCAGCAGCAGCAAGCACAGCCGCCGCAGCACCACGCCGGGGCAGCCGCCCUCCCGGAGCACUCCAUCCCGCCCAGCACUGCUGACAACCCCUUGGGCUGUGCUGUCUACGGCAUCCUGCUCCAGCCGGAGCCUGGCCUGCAGCACCACCAGCACGCCCCCAUCCAGGCCGGAGAGCCGGCCCACAAGUGCGGGGUGUGUGGCCAUGACCUCGCUCACCUCUCCAACCCCCAUGAGCACCAGUGCUUGCCGGGCCACGACCGCUCUUUCCAGUGUACCCAGUGCCUGAAGAUCUUCCACCAGGCCACGGACCUCCUCGAACACCAGUGCAUCCAGGUGGAGCAGAAGCCCUUCGUGUGCGGUGUUUGCAAGAUGGGCUUCUCCCUCCUGACCUCACUGGCGCAGCACCACAACGUCCACAACGGCAAUGCCAUGAAGUGCUCUAUCUGCGAGAAGACCUACAAGCCUCCCGAGGCGGAGCACUCUCAGCCUCUCGACCCCUCCGAGAAGCCCUACAGCUGCUCCAUCUGCCAGAAGACCUUCAAGCACCUCUCGGAGCUGUCCCGGCACGAGCGCAUCCACACGGGCGAGAAGCCCUACAAGUGCACGCUGUGCGACAAGAGCUUCAGCCAGUCCUCCCACCUGGUGCACCACAAGCGGACGCACAGCUCGGAGCGGCCCUACAAGUGCACGGUGUGCGAGAAGACCUUCAAGCACCGCUCCCACCUGGUGCGCCACAUGUACGCCCACUCCGGGGAGCACCUCUUCAAGUGCAAUGUCUGCGAGCUGCACUUCAAGGAGUCGUCGGAGCUGCUGCAGCACCCCUGCACGCCCAGCGGGGAGCGGCCCUUCCGCUGCGGCGAGUGCCAGAAGGCCUUCAAGCGGCCCUCGGACCUGCGGCAGCACGAGCGCACGCACAGCGAGGAGCGGCCCUUCAAGUGUGACCUCUGCCAGAUGAGCUUCAAGCAGCAGUACGCGCUCAUGCGCCACCGCCGCACACACAAGGCCGAGGAGCCCUUCAAGUGCAACCUGUGCGAGAAGGGCUUCGUGCAGCCCUCGCACCUGGUCUACCACCAGCACGUCCACGGCAUAGAAAACCUCUUCAAGUGCAACGUGUGCCAGAAAGGCUUCAACCAGUCUUCGGAGCUGCUGCGGCACAAGUGCGUGCAGAACGCGGAGCGGCCCUUCAAGUGCGCGGUGUGCAACAAGUCCUACAAGCGGGCCUCGGCACUGCAGAAGCACCAGCUGGCCCACUGCGCCGAGAAGCCCCUCAAGUGCACGCUCUGCGAGAGACGUUUCUUCUCCUCCUCUGAGUUCGUGCAGCACCGCUGCGACCCGGCCCGCGAGAAGCCCCUCAAGUGCCCCGACUGUGAGAAGCGGUUCAAGUACGCCUCGGGCCUCCAGCGCCACUGCCGCGUGCACACGGGCGAGAAGCCCUACAAGUGCCCCUCCUGCGAGAAGGCCUUCAAGCAGCGCGAGCACCUCAACAAGCACCACGGCGUGCACGCCCGCGAGCAGCAGUACAAGUGCAUGUGGUGCGGGGAGCGGUUCCUGGACUUGAGCCUGCUGCAGGAGCACAGCGUCCAGCACACGGCCGAGGGCGCCUACCAGGUGGCCGCCUGCUUGCCCUGAGCCUCCCGGCCCUCGGCAGCUUUCGGCUUGCGUCUUGACGCUCCCGAGCCUCGGCCUCCCCCUCCUCUUCUUGGUUGUGGGUGGGGGAAAGGGGAGGUGGAAAGGUGGCGGGCGGGCAGGUGAACUUUUCCCCUGUGGUCGAUACGCCACCUGUAUCGCAGGGGCGAUGGACGAAAUGA